AUGACGAUCAGCAAGGCGAUUCCGACGCAACUCGUCUACCAGCGAGAGGGACGGCGGCUUCUCCAUGCCGCCAAGAUGCUCUCCGUCGUGCCGAUAUCCGCACUCGCGACGUCGGACCAGGCGCUCGUAAAAGACGCACCGGAGCUCGAGGACGCCGUCAUCACGGAUUCUACCGUGUUCCACGUCCAGGGUGGCGGUCAGCCCUCCGAUACCGGAAUCAUGACCUCCUCCUCGGCGGCGCCGGCGAGCGAGGUGGACGCCACGUUCGAGGUCAGGUCGGUGCGUCAGCCCGCCGAAGGUGGCCAGAUCCUGCACUUUGGCCGCUUCGUGGCCGUCGACGGCGUCGCCGCACGCUUCGACGCCGGCGCCGAGCUGCGACAGCAGGUGGACGCGGAGAAGCGCACGCUGCACUCGCGCCUGCACAGCGCGGGCCACAUCAUGAGCCUCGCCAUCCACGCGCUGUGCCGCGAGGGCGCCAUCCCGCCGCUCAAGGAGGUCAAGGCGUCGCACUACCCCGACUCGGCCGCCGUCGUCUUCCAGGGCACCAUCGACAACAGCCACAAGGACGCCAUCCAGGCCAGGACGGACGAGUAUGUCCGAUCGGCCCGGCCCAUCCACAUUCACUGGUGGCCGAUGGAGGAGCUCCUGGAGAAGUGCCACGGCACGACGGACGGCUUCGCGCUGCCGGCGGGAGAGACGAUGGGCCGCGUCGUCGAGAUGGAGGGUCUGGGAAGCUACCCCUGCGGCGGAACCCACGUCCGGGACUGCAGCGAGGUGGGCAAGAUUGAGGUGAGGAAGAUUUCGCGCUCCAAGGGAACGAGCAAAGUGUCGUACCGGGUCGCCUAG